AUGUCAGCCCCGAAAUUUUUUAAUCAGCGCCAACAUUUUAAAUCAAUUUAUCAUCGAGUCAUGAACCUUGGGGCAAGACAAAGCUCCAUCAAUAACGGGGUUUCCGGACUCAUACUAUGCUUCCUGAUUUCUUGUAUAGUCCUUUUAAUUUAUUGUCUUCAUCUCUACAUAUUCAAAGAAUGCUUCGAGAAUUCUAAAACUUUCUGGGAUAAUGCACCUGCAAGACAUGUCGAUAAAGCAGCUAGGCCUUUCCAGAAAAGCGAGCCGCUUUCUAAAGAUGAUGUGAUUUGGUUUUUACACGUCUCUGAUAUCCAUAUUUCCAAGCUCUCUUCAAGGUCAUCGGACCAUUUUUUAUCCUUUGUUGACAAUAUCCUUCCUACGGUGAAUCCAUCCUUCGUUUUAGCUACUGGCGAUUUGACCGACGGUAAAUUCAAAGGGACAAUAAAAACAGGCCAAGUUCUUGAGGAAUGGAAGUUCUACUACGACACUCUGAUGUCGAGAAAAAUCAACUCAUCAAGGUGGAUAGAUUUGCCUGGUAAUCACGACAAGUUCGAUGUUGCUGAUCAUCGAAAGAAUUUUUAUUCCUUGUUUGGUUUGCAGGCAAAUUACGAUCAAAUAUUACAUACAGUUAGCACAAGGAUCGGAGACAUCAAUAUUUUAUCCCUUGACGCAAGGCCAUACAUGGAUCGACUAGAGAAAGCUUUAAAUUCUCCCAAAAUCCAAAACUCUGAUCCCUUAAAAACAAUUGCAAUUUGCCACUAUCCACUUUGUACGAUGACUUUUUCGCAAAGCUCUCUGGGUACCCCAUUUUCGACUUUGACAAAAAAGAUUUCUUUAUACCUUUCCGGUCACCUGCACAAUUUAAUAUUUGGAUUGGGAGACGAUCUUACUACAAUUCACAAUACUGGAUUUACCGAAAUUGAGGUCGGCGAUCUUCAAGCUCAUAAGCAAUUUAAUUUAUACUCCAUGACGAGCCGAAACACAUUUUCUUGGUCUUCCCAUACGAUUGAAGAUAAAAUCCUAUUGCAUGUGAUAUCUCCCAAAAGCUCCCGCUUUGUCCUCACUGAUCGUGAAUCAAAUUGGAUUGGUAGAGAUGAAAACGGCAAUCUUCUCGUCGAUCUGCUUUUGUUUCCCGUUCAAAAUACAUCAAUUAGUCAUUUGACAAUAACAAUUGAUGGCAAUUCUAAAACUAUACAGUCCCAUGAGAUAACGCUUCCUUUUUUUACAUAUUCUUUUGAAGGUACUCGUAAUAUAAAUUCUGAACAGUCGCAUGCUCUUCUUGUUACGGCAGUUCUUGAUGACAAUUCGACAGUAUCGAUGGGACAUUCUUUUUCAUUAUGCUUUGAAAAUGGCUUCAUAUAUGAUACUGUUGGCUCCAAAAUCAUGUCAUUUCCCUUUGUGUCGUUCUUUAAAGCGCUAUAUUGGAUCAGCUAUUCUCUGGUGCUGUUGUUCUUUGGAGCAUUUAUAUAUUUCUUAAUACCUCAUGGCCACGGUGUCUACUGGACAGCUGUUGGCAUAUUGCUAGGAACAAACAGCGACACCAUGCCACUGCAUUCUGCAGAGUCCUUUGAGGGGUUUUUGUUGUUCCAUAAAAUUCAUCUAUUUGCUUCCGAAAAUCCCAAUGUGCGAGUAACUGAUGUUCACAUUGGCUUUGGCCAAUGGCAUGACGCUGUCUUGUACGUUGCAACGUCCGAUUCGUCGUGCAUGCUUUGCAUCGAUGCACUGGAGACCAUGGUUAUUUCGGGUGCCUUUGACGGAGAUAUUUUUGUAUACCUGCUUGAGGGCAUGGAAAAUUCGGCCUCUCCCUUUGCAUUGAAAGGCCAUGCUUGUGCAGUAAACUCCCUUUCCAUCACGGGCCAGUCGCCCUUUUUGGUUUCUGGAGAUGAAUCUGGAUGUAUUUUUGUUUGGGAUCUCGUUAACAAACUUAAAAUCAGGACGUUCAACUACCCGGGGACAGGGUUGUCGUUUACACAAGUGAGCAUAAAAUCCCCAUUCCUUUUGAAUCCUCCUCAUGAGGGCUAUCAAUUUCCCUUGAUCAGGCCUUUUCAACGCACACUCGCAUCUGCCGAAGAAAGGCACAAUGUGUCCUGUUAUAUUUCAAGCACCUCUACCAGGGAACGAAAGUCCUCCGCAGUGGCACCAAAUCAGUGCACAGAGGACGUUAAAACCCUAGCUAACACUUACAAGAAUCUUAUAGGAAAUUUUUUUGAUAUCAUUAACUCACCGAGGCUUCGAAUCUUUGCUUGUGUCUCUUCACCAAUGCCUUUUGCUCAGCAGGCGUUUCGCCAGGCUCUCCCUUGGCAGCUUCCUUUAGCAUUAGUAGGAACCGAUUUAGAACAUCCAAUUUAUUUCCCUCCUGCGUUCUGCAUUUCUCACUAA